AUUCCAAAAACAACACCUGCAACCUCUGAACACCGAACACGCAAGACUCAGUUUGCAGUUUCAAGCGAGCCUACCGCAGUUGAACAUUAUGAAUGAUUUCGCCCAAACACGGGAAGACAGCGAUCUCUUCGAGAGCGAAAUCUCGGCGCCAGUUCUACCUCCUCCAACUGCGCCAACUGAGCCCAGAGCUUUCUCGAGUCGUGGUGGUAGAGGAGGACGCGGUCGGGGCUUUGUAUGUACUGUUAAGGAAUGGCCAUUAUGUAACCACCAACUAAUGUUUGUUUGCUCUGUUUGGUAGUACCAGGCUCGUGGCGAUCGUGAAAAGGGUGUGCGGGCGGAAGGUGCUCCUGCUGCCGCUGGGGCAGAAGCUGCGCAGAAGGUAUAUAUCCCCCAUCCCAUGAUACCUUACACGCGUUACUCCGCCCAUGACAGCUACUAACCCGAAUGGUGAAAAAAAAAAAGGAUGUAGACAGGACACUUUCAGGCGGUAUCAAGAAGGCAUUUAUCACCCAGCGACACCCAAUCCUGCUUCUACUCUCCCUCCCUGCCAACCUACUAAAUAACGCGCUUACCCCUCCCUCCUCCAGCCAAAACUCACCGAAGACGAGCUCGCCGCCCGUUUGGAACGCGUAAAACUCAACAACCAACGCCUCAUCGAGCGCCGCCGAAAAGCCGAAGAAGACGAAAGUUCCUUCCAAGUCGCCGAGGAAGCCCGCAAGCAGGCGGACGUGCACAAGCGCCUCGCUGAUCGCAAGAAACGUGCAGAGGCAGACAGGAAUCGCAAAGAAUUGGAGUACGUUCCUACUACCACUACCCCUACUACUACUACUAAUGAUUCCACUUAAAGAUAGAUGGGGAACUAACGUCGCGCAGUGACGAGAGGGAGAAGAAUCGCCAGAGAAAGUUGAAGGCUGUACAAACUAGGGAGUGGGAUUCUACAAAGACGGAGGAAGAUUAUAAUCCCAGGAAUCGAUCCUCGGGGUUUAGGCGUGGCGCACAUGGUGGGGUUGUGGUGGCUUCUCCGCCUAGAGGUGCGCCAUCGGGUCCCCGUGCAGGUGCGGGCUCUCCGCCUAGGGCUACGGCCGGAGCUGCAUCGGCGCAGGAGUGGCCGGAAUUACCCGGUGGGAAGGGCAGAGCUGAGGGACCGAAGGGUGAGGCGAAGAGGGACGAGCUCGAGACACAAGAGGAAGUUAGACAGGAGAAGGAAGUCAAGAGUGAGGCAAAUGAGGACCAGAAAAAAAAUCCCACUGUUGAUACCGCCAAAGCAAGAGGAAAACCUGCACUUCUAUCUCCCACCACCGGGAAUUCCUCUUGGGCAGAACAGGUUGAAGCCGGAUCACCGGUCGUCACCAAUGCUACAGCUACUGCUACU